AUGACCCUUCCGCCCUCAGGGCCUUGGUCGCCCCACUUAUCGGCCUCCCCUCAACAUUUCAAUGCAUCUUAUGAGAGUGUAGGUGCGAUCGACAAGGAGGAACCCCACAGGGAGUCAGACAUUAGCAACGCUCUACAGGGUACAAAGCCCUUGUUCUCCCCCCCGUCGUCUUCUGCUUCGCAAACCCAUCAGUUCGUGUCUUGUCCGUCACCCAUCCUCUUGGGGUCUGACUCAAGCCAGAAGCAGAUCGCAACUCUCCAGGAGUUUGGCGCGCACAUUGCCCAGAAGACUCAAGACGGCUGCUGCCGAGCAGCAGAAGCAUCCAGGAGCACCACUCCGGCGGAGACCGAUCCCCCCGCAUCAUUCGAGGCACUUCCUGACACCAUUGAUUUUGUUAUGAAGAUGACACCAGAGAAUCAGGCAGCUGAUGCUGCCACCUGGGCGGAGACUGGCAAGUUAUCACAGGAUGCAAGCGGGGAUGGGGAGGUCGUGCGCGAGAACACCGAUGUUCAACCGCAAAGCAUGAGCAUCAUUUCAAGUACAAGUGAUGUCAAGGAGAAGGGUCAUAGUCUGUUGGUGCCGUGUCUGGCGGUGUUUUCAAGCAACUACAACUUCGUGGUCACGUCGAUUGCUCUUUACAUCAUGAAUCAGGACCCAAUGUACAGGCAAACUCUGGAGUCCAUUGUCGGAAAUGGCACGAUUAAGAUGCUGUCUUAUGCCGGUGCAAUUGUAGGCAUGUGCGUUAUGGGCUAUUUGGGAGACCUUAUAGGCCGCCGGCUCGCAAUGGUGCUCACGCUCUUCCUUGUUGCAUUCGGCGCCUUCAGUUCUGCCGUUUUCUCUUGGGGCACAGCGCUGUCGGUGACUGUUGUAUUGGGGGUCUUUCGCUUCAUUCUUGGUGUAGGAUCUGGUGGUGUGUAUCCUCUUAGCGCAGUAACGGCAGCCGAGGGCUCGUGCUCUGAAAAGGUUGACGACCGGUGCUUGCGGGUGUCAUGGGCAUAUUCUAUGAACGUUCCUGGUAUUUCGUUUCCCUAUAUUUUGGCGCUGUUGCUGUGGUGGGCAACGGACCAGUCGGUUGAGAUCACGUUCCGUGUCUUGCUGUGCUUCGGGGCGGUCCCUGCUUUCCUCGUGUGGCUACCAGCGUGGCGCAUGCAAGACUCCAAGGAGUUCGUGGAGAGGGACUUUGCGGCGAAAUUGCUGCACGUGUUUGUCAGGGGAUCUUAUUGGCGUCAGCUGUUGGGCACAGGGGUGUGCUGGUUGUUGUAUGACGUGACGGCCUAUGGAAUUCUUCUUGUUCAGCCCGAGAUAACCCAGAUGAUUUGGGGGGAUGGCAGUUCUGUUUUCGAAGUUAUUUGGCACAACAUUGUCCUUAACGUCAUUGGUAUCCCUGGUUGCUACAUGGGAAUCCUCGUGCUGAGACAAAUGGGGGUUAAAUGGCUGCAGUUCUGGGGGUUCAUCGGGCUGGCGGGCUCGGCAUUUCUGUUGGCUGCGACGUCACACGCGCUGGCAGGGCAUUCAUGGGCUCAAUUGGUGCUUCUGGCGGUAGUCAACUUCUACAUCAACUGGGGAGCAAGCAUUACAACCUUCAUUCUCCCGUCUGUCAUGUUUCCUCCUUCCGUGCGUUCGACGUACUCGGGCAUAUCUGCAGCCAUGGGAAAAGUAGGGGCCGUUGCUGGCAUCUACUGUAUGAAAGCCGUGCUGACAACCUGGGGCUUGGCUCCGAUGAUGGUUUGUGCGGGCGUUCCGUCGCUGAUAGCUGCAGUCCUCACGUUCUUCUACGUAAGUCCGACACCUACCUCGGCGAGGAGCUCUCUCGCUCAGUGCUUCGGCAGUCUUGGGGGCUGUAUUCCCUUCGUGGACUGCAGGCGGCGCAAGGUCGCAUGA